GCUCGCGGGCGGCUGCGGUGUUUUGGCCCAUGGGCGGAGCCGUAGCCCCAGUCUCCUCAGGCGUCCACGACCGCGGGCCGCCGUCCACGAUGUCUGACACGGAAGAUGGGCCGAGCGGAGGUUCCUUGAAGGCCGGCGCGGUGACUGUCAGCGACGUCCAGGAGCUGAUGCGGCGCAAGGAGGAGAUCGAGGCGCAGAUCCAGGCCAAUUAUGACGUGCUGGAGAGCCAAAGAGGAAUUGGGAUGAACGAGCCACUGGUGGACUGUGAAGGCUACCCCCGGUCAGACGUGGACCUGUACCAAGUCCGCACUGCCAGGCACAACAUCAUCUGCUUGCAGAAUGACCACAAGGCGGUGAUGAAGCAGGUGGAGGAGGCUUUACACCAGCUGCACGCUCGUGACAAGCAGAAGCAGGCCCGGGACAUGGCUGAGGCCCAGAAAGAGGCCAUGAGUCACAAACUGGGGCAGAGUAUGAGCUAUGGCACUUGUCAGGGCUUUGCCAAAGUGAACAGCAUCAGCCCCGGCUCCCCAGCAAGCACUGCGGGUCUGCUAGUGGAUGACGAAAUUGUGGAGUUUGGCUCUGUCAACGCCCAAAACUUCCACUCACUGCAAAACAUCAGCACUGUGGUGCAGCACAGCGAGGGGAGGUCCCUGAAUGUGAUGGUGAUCCGCAGGGGAGAGAGACACCAGCUUAGACUUGUUCCAACACGCUGGGCAGGAAAAGGACUGCUGGGCUGCAACAUUAUUCCUCUGCAAAGAUGACUGUCCUUGGGAAACAUUAACAGGAAAGCAUCUUCCCUUGCCCUGGACUUGGGUCUAGUGGAGAUUUCCUCAUUCUCUCCUUUCCCUGAAGCAUAAGGAUCUGGAAGAGGCCAGAAGCCUGAACUUCUAGGUGGUGGAAACGCUGUGGCCCACUGUGUAAUCUCUCUGGAUUAAGGCAUUGUUAAAAACUUGAUUUGUGUUUAGCAUCUUUCAAAAAUUAGGCCCUGGCCCUAAAUGGGAAUUCUCUGGCUUGUGGGCACGUGGGUGGGAGUUUUUCUGGCAGGUGCUGUUAUGUAACUAUUCUUUUAGAGUUUUGUUUUAUUUUUUCAAGUAAACACAGUUUUACAGUGCUAAUAUGACCAAGUUAUCACCCCAACUGAAUUUAUGAACCUCUCAGACCAAAGUUCAGACAGAACAUCCUUAUAGAAAAUUGGGCUAAACAAGCAAGCAACUCUGCUGAAGUCAAGAUUUGACCAACUUCUGUCUUUGCACUGAAGCACUGCUGCUGUGGCUACAGAAAUUGCUAAACAAUUCCAUGCACCCUCAGCAGUCGGGCCCUCAGGGCCCCCAGUAGCUCCCUUUGGAGAACGGGGAAAGCCAGGAGGCUCCUGGCUAGCCCAGCGUGGUGUCAGCACCUUCUCAGUAACCCACCAGAGGGCAGCAAGCUGCUUUCAUUUCUUUCACUUCUGGAAUAAAAAGCACUGCAGAUUAGCUUCUAAUCUGACUUUUUGUUAUUGAACCCCCUGGCCAUGCCCUGAGACCAGCACUAUCUUGUAAACUGCUAAGGUGUGCCUAACAUUGCUGGUGGGGACUCGCAGUGUUUGCAGAUCAGACCUCUUGAAAAUGCUUAUUCCUUCUUCCUUUUAUUUUCUCUCUCUCUUAGGAUGUUGAAAUGAGUCUCAGUGAUUCCUGCUGAUGCUGUGUCUGCAUUUCUUCCUCUCUUCAUAGUAUCACAGUGCUUAUUUCCCCAGUUCUUGCACACCACUUUCUGUUUUGGAGGAGGUCUGGCACGUUCUGCCCAGCAAGCUUGUGUUCCUUGGGAUUGGAUUUGCUCUGGUUAGGUGCAGAUUCCAGCCUGCCCUGGUGAGAGUCAGUAUUGGUGUGUGCUUCCAGCUAUGGGUUCUCACGCUCAACUCAAAAGCCUUCCUGUGGAGUGUCUUCCCUCAGAGUGUGUAUUCCAGCCAUACAGCCGUGUGUAUUCCCCUCUCGUAGCCACAGACUUGCUGUGUUUACCAGUGUUUACUGUUUAAAUUGCAUGUUCUAAUUCCAAGUGUUUUCCAAUCUCUUUUUAUAAGUCUCAGACUGUAAUAAACACAGCUUGCACCA